AUGUUGCACCCCGGCGAUACGGAAAUGCCGUGGAACCGGCAGAACGAUCAACCUCUGGCUUGUUCAUCCUUGCAGCGGCUAAGAUGCAUGACAAAGAGGGAUUGCAUUUCAGUGAUUGCAUUUGAGCUUUGGCGUCAGUGGCAGAACCAUGUGGGGUUUCCGGCGUUUCUUUCGACAGUCGAUACGCGUGACCCGCGCACAACUGGCAGGCUGAUACGGACAACGAUGCCUCCUCAUAUGGGUGCGAGGAGGAGUGACUGCACAGAGCUGACGCGAGAGUGGACGCCCCCACAAAAAGACAAGAAUGCGUUAAGCGUGUUGGGGGCAGGUGCAGUGCAACUGCAGGCGGAAGUGUGUAGUUCGGCACCUUCGGGGGUCGAGAUUGAACGCAGCUGCGUCGUGCCAGGUGAUUGCGUUUCGUGCAUUGGGCGGUGGGGGUGGGGUCUGGACCCCGCAAUAUGGCAGUCGGAAGGUUCGGGCGCUGCUCGGACUCUAGCAAGACUGUUGAACGGGAUUGUCUCUAGCAUUGGCUUUUACCGAUGCUCCAAGGGCGUGGCCCCGCUCGGUCCGGGAGUGCUGUGUAUUGCGAAGAAGGCAGACUAG